GAAAAAUAACGCAGCGAUCCAAUGACGAGGACAUUAAUUGUAAGGUGCUAUCCCAGAGUCCAGGGUAUCAUCGAUUGAUUAACCUCAAGUCUCUCAAUCGCCACUCCAGACACCAAUUUCCCAAUUGGACUGAACACAACGGAUAUGGCGUCGCUAUAUCGCAUUGCCGGCUGCGGCGCCAGGCGUCUGCGGCUCCCGAAGUCUGCGAUACCAGCCAUACGCGCAUUUUCACAGUCCUCUCUGCGCAACGCCGAAGUUCCGGAAUAUCAACCUACCAUUCUCAAGCCCAUCGAUCCCAACACCAUCCAAGGUCUACCGAGAACAGAGGCCGAACGUGAGCCAGACGUCACACAGCGAAAGAUGCGCCACUACACAGUCAACUUCGGUCCCCAGCAUCCCGCCGCCCACGGCGUGUUGCGGUUGAUUCUCGAGCUGAACGGAGAGGAGAUCCUUCGAGCCGAUCCCCACGUCGGCUUGUUACACAGAGGAACGGAGAAGUUGAUCGAAUACAAGACAUAUCUACAAGCACUACCUUACUUCGACCGAUUAGACUACGUCUCCAUGAUGACGAACGAACAAUGCUUCUCCCUCGCCGUCGAGAAGCUACUCAACGUAGAGAUCCCCGAGCGGGCUAAGUGGAUUCGAACAUUGUUUGGAGAAAUUACGCGAAUUCUAAAUCACCUUAUGUCCGUCUUAUCACACGCCAUGGACGUCGGUGCUUUAACACCUUUCUUAUGGGGUUUCGAGGAACGAGAGAAGUUGAUGGAAUUCUAUGAACGUGUAUCUGGUGCCCGUCUCCAUUCAGCUUAUGUUAGACCUGGUGGUGUUCACCAAGAUAUCCCGCUUGGUCUACUUGACGAUAUCUACCAAUGGGCUACACAAUUUGGCGACCGAAUUGACGAAACCGAGGAGAUGUUAACAGAUAACCGUAUCUGGCAUCAAAGAUUAAGGGGUAUUGGUGUUGUUUCAGCUGAGGAUGCCCUGAACCUUUCCUUCUCUGGUGUUAUGUUAAGAGGAUCCGGUAUUCCUUGGGAUAUUCGUAAGAGUCAACCGUACGAUGCGUAUGACCAGGUUGAAUUUGAUGUCCCCGUGGGAAUCAGGGGUGAUUGCUACGACCGAUACCUAUGCCGAAUGGAAGAGUUCCGUCAGUCUCUCCGAAUUAUCCACCAAUGCCUCAACAAGAUGCCAGCUGGUCCGGUCCGAGUUGAGGAUUACAAGGUAUCGCCACCUCCGCGAGCAGCCAUGAAGGAGAAUAUGGAGGCUCUGAUCCACCAUUUCCUCCUGUACACCAAGGGUUAUUCUGUGCCUCCCGGCGAGACUUAUUCGGUAAUUGAAGCACCAAAAGGAGAGAUGGGUGUGUAUUUGGUGAGCGACGGAAGCGAGAGACCAUACCGUUGCUCGAUCCGUGCCCCUGGUUUCGCGCACUUGGGUGGUUUCGACCACGUUUCCAGAGGACAUUUACUUGCGGACGCGGUGGCGGUUAUCGGUACAAUGGAUCUGGUGUUCGGCGAGGUAGACAGGUGAUAGCCUUUCAUAGGAGGCUAGGGUCCAAAAAGGGAAUUGCUCGGUGCGAACCUUAGAAUUCACUUUCAUAAGCAUCAUGUAUGAUAGUCGUCGUUAAGGGGACAACGUACCUAAGGUAAUGCAUCGAGGCGCCAUGGCGCCUUCAGUAAAUAUGAUGAACAUUGAAAAUGCCGUGAGAUAUUUUUUUUCUUUCUUUUUUAUGUCCUUUUGUGUGUUUUCGUGAUGAUUUCAUUUUGCUCUCGGUAUCUCUUUUUCAUA